GGGAAGACAAGAGUUUGUUCCAUUACAGUCCAUACAACCGUUGGCCCAUCGAAUUCAUAUAUAGCCAAGUUCUGGUCUUCCCUCACGGACUUCCCACUCUUCGCGCAUCUUCACCUUGAUAACGCACCGCGACAUUCUAUACUGGCGCGUCCAAUGGUUUUCUCCAAGAGCCUCGUCGCCGCCGCCGCGCUGCUGGUCGCGCAGCAGGUCGCCGCUGUCGUGCCUCAGUCUGUGGGUCAGCUUCCCACACACACGCUUGCUCAAUAUGGCAGCGAUGUAGUCUUGCGCUUCAACAUCUCGUCGAAUGAAGAGUUGUCGAGCCUGAAUGAGGCUGUCGACACUCUACUCCUUGACGUGUGGGAUCGCCGAGCGGCGCAGCGACAGAUGGAUAUCCGACUCGACACGGCUUCUGUGCCUUUGCUCCUAGGUCUGCUGCCGGAAUCGCUUCAAUCAGCUCACGAGUCCUUACUCCAGGGACGCGCUCUGGUCGACGCCAUCGCCGACACGUACCAAUCGGUUGGUCACCGAAAAUUUGACGGUCACGUGCCCUCUUUCCUACAAAAGCCAGUACCUGGAGGAAGUCACGACGAGGGGCGAGGAGAGCAGACGGAUCGCACGACGGGAGAUGUGCAAGCGGACAAAGAUGGCAAUGAUAUCUUCUUCCAGAAUUACCAGCCGUUGUCGGCUAUUCAACCGUGGAUGCAGCUUCUCGCCUCAUUGUACAGCCAUUACGUGAGUCUGGUCACCAUCGGCCAGAGUGCAGAGGGUCGACCGAUCCAAGGAUUGCGCAUCGGCGUCAGGCCUACCAUCCCGAGACUCAUCACCCGACCGCGUAAGACCAUUCUUAUUGUGGGAGGACUCCAUGCGCGAGAGUGGAUUGGCACCAGCACCGUCACUUACAUCGCCAACAACCUCGUGAAGUCGUAUGGCAAAUCGUCAAAGGUGUCGCGUCUGCUGGAACACUUCGAUUUCGUAUUGAUUCCUACCCUGAACCCGGACGGCUACGAGUACACAUGGACCACAGACCGACUCUGGCGAAAGACGCGACAGGAGACGAACACUCGCUUCUGCCCCGGCAUCGACCUUGACCGGAGCUUCGACUUUGCCUGGCAAGCUCGCGACAAUACAUGUAGCGAGAGCUUUCCUGGCGACGAGCCCAUGGCCGCAGUCGAGGCCGCAUCGCUCGCCGCCUGGGCGCAGAACGAGACGGAGCACAACAACGUCGUGUUCCAGGCGUUCGUAGACCUUCACGCAUACUCGGAGACCAUCCUUUAUCCGUACAGCUACACCUGCGAAGCCCAGCCGCCGUCUCUAGAGAACCUAGAAGAGCUGGCCGCUGGUCUCCGCCGCUCCAUCAUCGACAUCCACGGUCAUCGCUAUUCGCUCAUGCCCGCUUGCGAAGAGAACCUUUUCGCAGGCUCGUCAGCCGGAGCGACGACGGAGCCGGAGCCCGCAGGUGGCUCGGCGCUCGACUACUUCUAUCAUGUCCGCGGAGUUCGCUACUCGUAUCAGAUCAAGCUGCGGGAUCGUGGCAGUUACGGCUUCUUACUCCCGAGGGAGCACAUCAUCCCAACAGGCAAGGAGAUUACCAACGCAGUUGUUUUCAUGGCGGACUUCCUCCGCGAUGCGGAUAAUGACGAUGAUGAUGACGACGACGAUGAGGAUGAGCUUCUCGCGGCGCCUAAGAGCGACCUUCGCAGAAGACGGUUUUAGUUUGAUUCGGCUUGUUUUUCAACGACGGAGUUGUUUGGUUUUCUUCGGUGCUGGGUGAAUUUUAAUGAUCAUGAAUCAUAUUUUCUGCUUCGCCAUAAUCGGUUAUUCCGUGUGUAACGAUGAGUCCAAUUCACUAGAGGAUCAUGUUCUUCGUGAAAUGUAAUAAAGAGCGCAGUCCUUGUAGUGGAUAUUUUCACGUGUUCAGCGUGCGGACUGUCCUCGAAUA